AUGGCGACGACCUCGAACAUGUUUCUUUACUCCCUGACCCUUCAGCCGCCAACCAAUGUCACUUUGGCGGUGUUGGGUCAGUUCUCCGGGACGAAGGAGCAGAACAUCGUCACGGCGUCUGGAUCGCGCUUGACGCUCCUCCGACCCGACCCGUCCCAGGGCAAGGUCAUUACGCUGCUUUCGCACGAUAUUUUUGGCAUCAUUCGGUCCAUGGCCGCCUUCCGGCUGGCAGGAAGCAACAAAGACUAUCUCAUUCUUGCGACUGACUCUGGAAGGAUCACAAUCGUCGAGUACAUCCCCGCGCAGAACCGAUUCCAACGGCUGCAUCUAGAGACCUUUGGAAAGUCUGGAGUACGACGCGUGAUUCCCGGAGAAUACCUCGCUUGCGAUCCCAAGGGCAGAGCUUGCCUCAUCGCCUCGGUCGAAAAGAAUAAACUUGUCUAUGUUCUGAACCGAAACGCUCAAGCCGAACUCACCAUCUCCUCGCCCCUGGAGGCGCAUAAGCCUGGUGUCUUGGUGUUGUCCAUGGUUGCGCUCGAUGUUGGUUACGCGAACCCCGUCUUUGCUGCACUGGAGAUAGAGUACACGGAGGCAGACCAAGAUCCCACGGGAGAGGCCGCUCGCGAAGCCGAGACUCAGCUGGUGUACUAUGAGUUGGACCUGGGACUCAACCAUGUUGUCCGAAAGUGGUCCGAGCCUGUCGACCCAACAGCAUCUCUACUCUUCCAAGUUCCUGGUGGUCAAGAUGGCCCUAGCGGUGUCUUGGUGUGCGGAGAGGAGAACAUCACAUACCGUCAUUCAAACCAAGAAGCCUUCCGCGUACCGAUACCACGGAGACGUGGCGCUACGGAAGAUCCUUUAAGAAAACGCCACAUCGUUUCUGGUGUAAUGCACAAGCUCAAGGGCAGUGCUGGAGCCUUCUUCUUCCUGCUUCAGACGGAAGACGGUGAUUUGUUCAAAGCUGUAAUCGAUAUGGUUGAGGACGCAGACGGCAAUCCUACCGGCGAGGUUAAGAGGCUCAAGAUCAAAUACUUUGAUACUGUGCCGGUGUCGUCUAGUCUGUGUAUUCUCAAGAGCGGUUUCUUGUAUGCGGCUAGUCAGUUUGGCAACCACCAGUUCUACCAGUUUGAGAAGCUUGGAGACGAUGACGAAGAGAGGGAAUUCUCGAGCGACGACUUCCCUGCCGACCCCAAGGCUGGUUACGAUGCAGUGUACUUCUACCCCAGGCCACUUGAAAACCUGGCUCUGGUAGAGAGCAUCGACUCAAUGAAUCCCCUCCUCGACUGCAAGGUCGCAAACCUGACUGGCGAGGAUGCGCCUCAAAUUUACACAGCAUGUGGAAACGGCGCUCGCAGCACAUUCAGGAUGUUGAAACACGGUCUGGAGGUAAAUGAGAUCGUUGCCUCUGAGCUGCCCGGUAUUCCUUCAGCCGUGUGGACACUCAAGCUGAGCCGUGGCGAUCAGUACGAUGCCUAUAUUGUGCUGUCCUUUACGAACGGAACCCUUGUGUUAAGCAUCGGCGAGACCGUCGAGGAGGUUAGCGACUCGGGAUUCCUGACCUCGGUGCCCACGCUGGCAGCGCAACUGCUUGGCGAGGACGGUCUUAUUCAGGUCCACCCCAAGGGUAUCCGUCACAUCCGCCACGGCCAGAUCAACGAGUGGGCAGCCCCUCAGCAUCGAUCCAUCGUUGCUGCCACGACCAACGAACACCAAGUUGCUGUGGCUCUGAGCUCCGGUGAGAUUGUGUACUUUGAGAUGGAUGGCGAUGGAUCUUUGGCAGAAUACGACGAGAAGAAAGAAAUGUUCGGUACCGUCACCUGCCUUAGCAUGGGAGAGGUUCCGGAAGGACGUCUGAGAAGCUCGUUCCUUGCAGUGGGUUGUGACGACAGCACGGUUCGUGUUUUGUCUCUGGAUCCCGAUUCGACCCUUGAGAGCAAAUCGGUGCAAGCCUUGACUGCUCCUCCUUCAUCCCUGGCUAUUAUUGCCAUGGAUGACUCUUCUUCUGGCGGCUCAACCCUGUACCUCCAUAUCGGACUUCACUCUGGUGUCUAUCUGCGGACGGUGCUAGAUGAGGUUACUGGAGAGUUGACAGAUACCCGGCAAAAGUUCCUGGGCCCCAAGCCCGUGCGACUCUUCCAAGUCACCGUUCAAGGUCGAACGUGUGUGAUAGGAUUGAGCUCACGUCCAUGGCUUGGGUACUCCGACCCUAUCACUAGAGGUUUCGUGGUCACUCCCCUCAACUACGUGGACCUGGAAUGGGUAUGGAACUUCAGCAGUGAGCAAUGCGAGGAAGGUGUUGUUGGCAUUCAGGGCCAGUCCUUGAGGAUUUUCGCCAUCGAGAACCUCGGAGACACCAUCACACAAAAGUCGAUACCCCUGACCUAUACUCCAAGGCGUCUUCUAAAGCAUCCCGAUCACCCCAUGUUCUACACUAUUGAGGCGGACAACAACACACUGCCUCCCGAUCUCAGGGCCAAGCUCAUCGCGGAGCCUGGAGUGGUAAACGGCGACGCGACUGUUCUCCCGCCUGAUGAGUUUGGAUAUCCCAAGGGCAAAGGUCGCUGGGCAUCCUGCAUUAGUGUCAUUGAUCCAUUGUCGGAAGAGCAACGAGUAUUGCAGACCGUUGAUCUCGACAACAAUGAAGCAGCGGUCAGCGCAGCCAUUGUCUCUUUUGCCAGCCAGGACAAUGAAAAUUUCCUGAUCGUUGGCACAGGAAAAGACAUGAUUGUCAACCCGCGACAGUUCACGGAAGGAUACAUACACGUAUACCGCUUCGGCGAAGACGGCCAUGAGCUGGAAUUCAUCCACAAAACCAAGGUCGAGGAGCCUCCCACGGCACUACUAGCCUUCCAGGGCAGACUACUCGCUGGUGUCGGCAAGACCCUCAGGAUAUAUGACCUGGGUCUACGACAGAUGCUCAGAAAAUCACAAGCAGAUGUAGCGCCGCAAUUGAUUGUGUCUCUGAGCACGCAAGGCAGCCGCAUCGUCGUAGGCGACGUACAGCACGGUGUCACCUACGUCGUCUACAAGCCCACCACCAACAAGCUCAUCCCAUUCGUCGACGACACAAUCGCGAGAUGGGUCACCUGCACAACCAUGGUAGACUACGAGUCGGUCGCCGGAGGAGACAAGUUCGGCAACAUGUUCCUCGUUCGUUGUCCAGAGAAGGCGAGCCAAGAAGCCGACGAGGAGCAGGCUGGUUUGCACCUGCUGAACACCAGGGACUAUCUCCACGGCACACCUCACCGUCUCAACCUUCUCAGCCACUCUUACACCCAAGACGUGCCCACAAGUAUCACAAAGACCAGUCUCGUCGUUGGUGGCCAGGACGUCCUCCUUUGGAGCGGUAUCAACGGAACCAUUGGCGUCUUCAUUCCCUUCGUCACCCGCGAGGAUGUCGAUUUCUUCCAGAACCUCGAGCAGCAUAUGCGCACCGAAGACGCGCCACUUGCAGGCAGAGACCACCUCAUGUACCGCGGUUACUACGUACCGGUCAAGGGCGUCAUUGAUGGCGACCUCUGCGAGAGAUACACACUCCUGCCUAAUGACAAGAAGCUGAUGAUUGCCGGCGAGCUGGACCGGUCCGUGCGGGAGAUUGAGAGGAAGAUUUCAGACAUUAGAACACGUUCCGCCUUUUGA